CUUCUCUGCCUUCGAGCAGGUGAAGUGAUGCUGCAGUGCAGUGUUUCUCCAGCAGGGGCGCUGCAUCCUGUGCAUGCCCAGCUCGAGCGCUUUGAGGCGGGACCAGGCUGUGCUGCCAGAGAGGGCGGGGCUAAAGAGACCCAUGUGAUCUCUGUGGCGAGACCUAAUCACAGCACAGACAAAAUGGUGACAGUGGUUCUGCGGCCACUGUCCUACUCACACCCUGUCCAUCGCCCAGUCAUUCUUGUACUGAGUUCCCAGCAUGCCAUGCACUGGGUACUGGAGAGCGAAGGACUGCCAAAGAAUCUUCAUGUUCUGGUGCAGGUCUCAGUGAACUCCACACUGGAGAACGGACGUGUAUCGGCUCGAGUCCAUCCCAUCCCAUCGAUGCCAUGGCGACCUCGUGCUCUACUGCACUGGACCCUUCAGCGUCACGCAACCGUCUCAUCUCUUACACACUCAGCCAGCGCCAAUCGUGUCUACCUCCGCCUAGGAGAAGAUCCCAGCAUGCCGAGCGUGUGUCGCCUUCAGUCUCUCUUUCUCUCUCGUAACUACAUGGUGUCCAAGCUGCAGGAGCAGGAAGUGAAUGGCUGCGCUUCUUCAGAGAGUCUUCCCAACCCGGAGGUGCACGUCAUCAAGCUGUGGUCUGCCGGCUCUGGACUCUGUGGGUCAUUACAGGUGGAGGUGUCUGUCUCUCUGCUGCCCCCGGUGGCUGACGCUGGCUGGUGUAAUGUGGUGUUAGUGUUGAGCAGUGCUGCUCCUGUGAACUGGGCUCUGGUGACUCCUGGUCUCCGUGGCCACAUCACAGUGCAUUCAUCUCACAGUGUGACACCUCUCUAUCCUCCCAAACCCGACCUCACCAUGAGCAGCACCGUCAUCCCUGACCUCAUCACAACCCCUGACCCGCUCACCUGGGCCAAUCAGAACGGCUUUUCCUCUUUGAUGUCAUACACCGAAGCUCAUCUAGCCAAUCGGCUUGUGAUCAAGCUGAAAGGGGGCGGAACAGUGCAGGCUGUCAGGGAGGCGAAGCUGGAGGAGUCGUGGCUGAGACAUUGGAUGUCACAUGAGGUCGACGAUGCUGUGGAUAGCAGGAAGGUCGUCAGCGUGCAAUGUGCGGACGGACGCCUCGCUGUCUCUGUGGAUAAAAGCUCCUUACAGGCUCUGGCUCUGUCAGUUUCGGCGGUGACCCUAAAGGACCCCUUGUGCCAGGCACGGGCCAAUGGGAGCCAUUUCCUGUUGGUAUUUCCAGUCAUUUCCUGUGGGACUGAAGGAGAGAUGGAGCAACACGGCAGAGAAGUGCAGUACAGAAACACGAUAUUGUUGUGGAAGUCUAAGCCUUCACUCGACAUGCUGGAAACCUCAGAAGGGAAAUCAGCCAACGAGUCGACUCCGCUGCUUAUUCAUUUCAGAUGUGCAGCUCCUCUGCCUGCUCUCAGCAGCGCAUCUACACCGAGCCUGUCCUCCAGGCCACAGGGGAUGCUGCGUAGUGGAAAAGGCCCCGGCUCCGCCCCUGGCUCCGCCCCUGUCCCUGACCCUGCCCCUGGCCCUGCCUGGUUCCCGGUCCCACACGGUGGUCCUCCACUCAACAUGCAACUAUUUGCCACCGACAGGUUUGAACAGAAAGCGGUGGGACCCUGUGUGGUGACGGUUCCAGGACGAGUGUACGCCAAGAUCUCGGGCAGUGUGGGGGUCAGUGAGAGGUUGGAGUUGCGCUCAUGUGUGUUCUCUCCUCUAUCAGACCCACAUGCUCAGAUCGGUUGGCCCAUCAUCAGAAACUUCUGUCCCGCUGACUCAUCCUUCAUCAUGUACACAGAGACGCAGACAGAACGUGGAGCAGGUGAGGAUGAAGAUGGAGACACAGAGAGCAAUGAAGAAGAAGGACCAGACAGUGAUGAUGAAGAAAGAGCAGAGGAACAUGUGGCAGGGAGAGAACAGGAUGCCAGUGAGGACGAGGAGCGUCCUGCUCCAAAACCGAGUGACGAUGAAGAGGCUACGGGGAUGACGAGACUUCCCUCAGACACUCAGAGAGACAGACAUUUACGGGGAAUGAGAGACAGAGGAGUGGAGAAGAAACAAAGGACAGAAAAGAAAGAGAAGACGAUCCAACUCCGGUUCAGCUUCAUUCUGCGGCCGGUGUUUAAUAACUCCAUCCAGUUCCUGCACUGCAGCCUGCAGCUGUGUGGAGGCGCCACUGAGACACACAGAGACUGUACACACACACCUGCUCCCAUAAACACACCUGCAGCUCAACAGUGUGAAUACAGGAACUUGUCCAGGCCGGUGUUGGUCACGUAUCUCCCUGAUGCACUGGCUGGUCUCGUGCCGCCUCCUGCUGGUAAACUGGCUCAGAAGCCUCGUGUGACGGAGACAGUGAUGUCCACACACAGCUUACCUAACAGUGUCGUCAGCUCUGUGUUGAUCAGCGUGAUCGUAGCGUUCCUGAUGGGAGUCGUCCUGAUGGGGGCACUUUGGUGCAUCUACUCCUGCACAGGGAGACCUGCGAUUGUGCGUAGAGACAGUCUCCAGGAGAUCCCGAGUUCCUGGAGCCCCAUGUCUCCGGUGGAACACACCACCAGUUCGGUGUAGAGGUGGGUGUGCUCCCAUUCCCCCCUGCCGGACCACCACAGUGGUACAGUCCACAAGACCCUAUCUGUACGGAAGGAUGUUGUGUGUGAAUGUUUUUAUGUGGAGCAUAGAAAUAACUAUUUAUAUUACUGUUCAGUGGCACUUCAGUGUGUGUGUCAUUUUACAGGAGCUGAGCAAGAGGAUGGUGUGUGUGUGUGUGUGUGUGUGUGUGUGUGUGUGUGUGUGUGUGUGUGUGUGUGUGUGUGUGUGUGUGAGAGAGAGAGAGAGAGAGAGAGAGAGAGAGAGAGAGAGAGAGAGAGAGAGGGAGAGAGAGAGAGAGAGUAAUAUGCUAGGUGUCAGACUGCAGGACACAUUUGGACAAUCCCAUGCAUCAUGAUAAACUGGAAUGUCAUGAGCCAUGGACUUUAAACUCAUUAAUGAGCCUCUCCGUGUAAAACCACUAUAAUCAGCACCACUGGGGCAGAUGUUGACCUUUAAAAACUGCUUAUUGACCUGAGUGUUACGUGCAACGUCCCACACCACAGAUAGGCUGAAAUCUGGACAGUGAUUGGUCAGAAAAUGUGGCUUUGUCUCCUAUAGCAGCAUCUCUGACUCCUGUCACGCUUGUUACUAUUGAUACGUUAUCAUAUGUGUAAGUGUUGAAAAGGUUUCUGUAAGGAGAUGUUUAUAUAACCUGUACAGAAGAGUGUCCAGUGUCAACGCUUUGUACCAGUCAGAGGUGAAGCCGGGACAUCGUGUUUUCUGACAUGUUCACGAGUUUUCUCUGUUUUUUGUUUUAUUAACUUCAUGAGAGGGAGAAAAAAGAGGCAUUUGAGAUGGCGACUGUUUAUAGCUGCUAGAACGUAAGUCAACUUAUUUUGCUGAUGUUCCUCAACAUGAAGUGUAACUAUAAAAGGAUAAAAAAAAAAGUGAACAUUGUACUUUGGCUUUUUGCAGACUUGUAAAAAAACAAAAAAACAAAAAAAAAACAUGUAGCUUGAGAUGCUUUUGAGUACAGGCAAGUAAACUGGCUUCAGACUAAUUAUUUAUAGAUGAAUUAAUUUUAGACUAAUGACCGGCGUUCUACAUAUUUUUAUAUGUGUGAGUGUGUGUGAGUUGUGAUUGUGACAGGUUUCAGUGUUUCUAUCGUUCCUUGUUCCCUGUUGAGACGACAUUAAAAUAAAUCUGUAAUCACAAA